CACUUAGUAGUUGAGUUUAUGAAUGAAGUGUUCUUCAACCUCUUCACUACCCAGACAGAUAUUUUCUCACUCGCAGGUGCCGUUUCGUCUCUCUCUCUCUCUCUAAUGACGGCCGGUGGCGUCUCCUUACAGAAAAUGUCCGCUGACAUUAACCCGGCGGCGCAGGAACUUCAAGAUGAUCUACGUGAAAUUGGUCAAAGAAUUAAUCACUAUGAGGACAACAUUAAAUACUUUAAGGGCUUGGAAAACAAAUUGGAGGAAUCCAUCGUCAGUAUGAAAGCUGCUCUUGAGGAGAAUGAUAAAGCAAGUAUGUCAGCAACAACCAAUGUGGAUGUUAUGAGAGAACAAGGAACAAUAGGAGAAAUUCUUAAGAAUGACAAAUCUGCGGCAGCUCUUUUGUGUUUGAUGAAAAAUCAAGCAAAAGCCCUAUCAUUCGAGCAUUCACUUACAAAGGAUGUCCUGGGCAUUGUAGCUACACUUGGAAAAGUUGACGAUGAUAACCUUAGCAGGCUGGUCCUCCUUUUUUUUACCCUUCUCUUAAUUUCUCCUGGCUAGAAAUUGGUCAAUUCUUAUAAAUCUCAAGGGCAGCUUUUGCAAUAAUAAAAAAUCUCACAUAUUUUAGUGUUUUUGAUUUUCUUUUCCGUGUGUGUGUGUGUGUGCGUGCGUGUUUGGGCUCCUUUUUCUACCUUGGAAUGGGAUACUUAUUCACUAGUUACAGCUCAUCUGGUUUAUCGUAAUUUAUAAAAUUCAUAAUUGAUUCUUUUACGUCUGCAUGAACAAAUGAGUGAAAAGCACUAUUAUCUUUGAAUUUCAUGGUUGGCCCAUUUUCUUGUAUAAUUUGUGGUAGACUUCUUGCCGAGUGGUUGGGUCUGGAGAAAAUGCUAGCAGUAGUUUGCAAGACGCAUGAAGGUGUCAAUGCCCUUGAAGCAUACACCGAAGACGGUUUAGUAGAUAAAAGUCUCGGCCUUCAUGGAUUUGCAGCUAACAUUGGGAGGCCCUUGUCUGGCCGGUUUCUCGUUAUCUGUCUUGAAGAUAUAAGACCAUACACUGGCGAGUUUGUAGCCAAUGAUCCUCAAAGGAGACUUGCCCUUCAAGAGCCAAAAUUACCGAAUGGCGAAACUCCUCCUGGAUUUCUAGGCUUUGCUGUGAAUAUGAUCACCAUCGAUAACACCAGCUUGUACCAUGUUUUGAACAAUGGGCAUGGCCUAAGAGAAUCAUUGUUCUAUAAUCUCUUUUCAAAUCUGCAAGUGUACAGAUCAAGGGAGGAGAUGCUCGAGGCUCUUGAUUAUGUGGGAAAUGGAGCAAUCUCUUUAGAUGGAGGGAUGAUCAGACAACCUGGAGUGCUUUCCUUGGGUCAAAAUCUGGCAAAGAUAGGUGUGAAAUUCCCAAAUGGCUCUGGAAACUUGUCCAACCGUGAGAGCUACUUUGAGAUUGAAAGAAAAAUGAAAGAGACACAAUGGCAAAAGGAUCAAGCUUUGAGUGACAUGCAAAGAGAGCAGAUGCUAUUGGACCAUGCAAAGUUAAACCAUGAGAUGAAAAAGAAAGAGAUUCUUCAGUCUCUCUCGCAAAGCUCAUUGCAUUCGCCUCAGUCUCCAAAGGACAAUGGAUCGGACUCGGAUAUGGUUCUUAACUGAAGUAACACUUGUGAAGGAAAAUGCAGUAAAUUCCCCCAACUCGCUGGCCAACUUUCACCUUCUGUGUUUUGUUUUUAACCUUCUGCAUGUAAUAAUCAGCUGUACUAAUUCGGUAUAUUACUGAGUCUGUUGUGUGUUCGGCUGUAAAUGCUUUAGUAAGUACUUAGCCUCUCAAGGUUUUUGUGAAACCUGUUGUUGGAAUUGAAAAAUCUGUAUGACUUUUGAGCUAAAAUUUUGUAUCAGGCUCGAUGUUAUGAUGUACUCUUGUAGUCUUGUUUCUAAUGAUAUCAGUUCAAGUAUUAAUUACACGGCCUUGUGCUACUUAUAAUUACAAGAAAUCCAAAUCGAAAUCUCGGUUUGAUUUUGUG